UGCAGCCUGACAGUGCGAUUGGCAGCAGCACACGGAGUAACAGCCUGUUAGACACAAUAUUCCCCCCCCCUCUCUCUCUCUCUCCCUGGACGUCAUGAGGCGAGGAUGGUGUGAUCCCCACUUGUGCAGGCUUCAUUCCCGGUAUGGACAUUUGGCUCCGGGAUACCAGAGAGCAGCAGCAGCAGCAGCAGCAUCCCAUGAUGGACCUGCUUUCCACCAUUCAUCUGCAUUGACAAGUGAUGGGGCAUCUAUUUAUAUACACUCAGUGCAUCCAGCCUCAUCGUUUCCCUCUGUGAUUAUGUCUGUCUUGCAUCUCCAUCUCCUCUGCACAUAGAUUGUGUUUUUAACAGCAGCAGCAGCAGCAGCAGCAGCAUCCUCUUCCCAAAACAAAAGCAUCACAGCAGUUGUGAAAUGCCUCCCCAGUGAUGGCUGCUCAUCUCGUCCUGAAAACCACCAGGAUCGCGGGGUGAACCGACAUGGAUAGUGGGAGCCGGGCUGCGACGGUCGCGGACGGCGCAGCCAAUUACACAGCAUCAGCAUCAGCAUCAGCCGCAGCCGCAGCCGCCGGCAACCUCUGGCUGGAUCUCCUGAACGCCUCGAGUGCGCCGACCCGGUGGGACAGCAUCAGCAUCAACAGCAGUCCGCCUGCAGAGGUGACCGGGCUGGAGCAGCAGCUGCAGCCGCAGCAGCAGAGCUUCAUCCCGGAGCAAGCGUACCGGGACUUCACCACCACCAUCCAGGUCUUAAUCCUCAUUGGUUCCCUGCUCGGAAAUGCCACGGUGCUGUGGUGCACCUGCCGCACAAACGUCUUCAAGUCCGUGACCAACCGCUUCAUCAAGAACCUGGCGUGCUCGGGCAUCUGCGCCGGCCUGGUGUGCGUGCCCUUCGACGUGGCGCUGGGAGCGAGCCCGCGCUGCUGCUGGUGGCUUCACACGCUGCUGCUCUGCAAGGUCAUCAAGUUCCUGCACAAGCUCUUCUGCUCGGCCACCGUGCUCAGCUUCAGCGCCAUCGCGCUCGACAGAUACUACUCUGUGCUGUACCCGCUGGAGAGGAAGAUCUCAGAUGCUCGUUCCAGAGACCUGGUCAUCUACAUCUGGGUCCAUGCGGUGGUGGCGAGCCUCCCUGUGUUCGCCGUGACCAAUGUGACCGACGUGUACGUCACCUCGUCCUGCUCCGACGACCCCGCACGCUCCCUGGGCCACAUGGCGUACGUGUUGAUCUACAACGUCACCACGGUGGUCCUGCCGCUCACCCUGGUCUUCCUCUUCAUGCUGCUGAUCCGCAGAGCGCUCAGCGCCAGCCAGAAGAAGAAGGUGAUCAUCGCGGCACUGCGCACGCCGCAGAACAGCAUCUCCAUCCCGUACGUGUCCCAGCGGGAGGCCGAGCUGCACGCCACGCUGCUGGCGGUGGUGCUGGCCUUCUUCGCCUGCAGCGCCCCCUAUGGGGCGUUGGUGGUGUAUCGCACCAUCUUGGCGGACACCAAGGAGCUGCCUGUGUCGCUGUAUCUCACCGCACUCUGGCUCCCCAAAGUGUCUCUGCUCACGAACCCACUUCUAUUUUUGACUGUCAACCGCUCGGCACGUCACAGCUGGAUGGACCUGCUCGCUAGGAUUCACAGACGCUACAGCCGCCGCAAUGUGGUCAGCACCGGGGGUUUGGCCUCUUUGGGACCGGAGGGGGUGAUCGGGGAGCCAGUGGGACUGGAGACUGCCGGCCGCUCUGGGAGCCAACUUCUAGAGAUGUUCAAUAUUGGCCAGCAGCAAAUCUUCAGACCCUCUGAAGAGGAGGAGGACGCAGAGAACGAGGGUCAAGGAUCAGGAACAAAGGAGGACCUCAAAGCCGGGUCGAGGCUGGGGAGCCUCAGAGGGGAGGUGAUCCCCAAGAAGGACUCCCUGCAGAGCACGGCGGGAGGGCUGGUCAUCACCAAAGACGGUCCUCCUGCGAUCCUAGCACCUCGGGCCUCUCCGGUUCACACGUGCGCUUACGCCUCUUCAUCACAGGUGGCACCAGCUACACCGACAGAAGUCGAGGACUCUCCACAGUUUGGGUUCGGGCCCUUUGAGCUUCCCCCUCAGUGGUUACCCGAGACCAGGAACAGCAAGAAGAGGCUGUUGCCGCCGCUGGGUAACACGCCCGAGGAGCUGAUCCAGACCAAGCUGCCCAGGCCGAGGCCUGAGCGGAGAAUCAGCAGGAACAAUAAGGUCAGCACCAUUCCCACUGUGGAUCAGUGACGUACUCCUUCUUGGCAU